AUGGGAAAAACUGCUACGGAGAAUAACCCCUGCGCAUCUGUCGCAAAUGACAUUUGCGCUUUGUUCACUGCUUUACAAAAUGACAGGAGUAAGAAGGCCAUUUUGACUAACUUGACGAAAUUAUUUCUUCUGCUAUACAAUGAACGGAUGAAGCGGAAAUUAUUGUAUGGCUCAAGGGAGGAGACGCGUUGCAGUGGUGACGAUGAGGACAACGCCAGUUUAAGAAGGAUUUUCAAAAACGAUCUGAUUAUACUGGACAAUGGGAAUAGGGAAUACACGAAGUACGAGGAGUGGCUAAAUGAGUGUUACGAUAAAUUUUUAAAUAUGCUCUUUGAGUUACUUAGCCAUAGUGAUGAGGUUCUUGUAACAAAGAGUUUGUCCUUGUUAUUUGGUAGUCUCCAAUUUGAAGCCAAGAUAUAUAAUAAAAUUGUAACUAGCGAAAUGGGAAAGGGAACUAGCCAGGUGGGAAUCAAUCUCUACAGUGAAAUUCGCAACCAUGGAAGUGGCACACCUCAAAAUGAAACGAAUAACAGCAGUCAUCAAUUGGGGGGUGGCAGACCGAAUUUUAUAAAACAAAACGACAUGCAGAGCAAUUCGAAGAAAGCCUUUCCCAUUAAACUUUUUAGAAAAAUAGUUUUCCAUCUAUUGAAAAUCGAUCAAAUUAGUAUUAGCACGAUAAAAUAUAUUUGCAAAAUAUACUUGUGUUUUUAUUACGAUUUAAACUAUUAUUUUCUGUCUAUCUUGAAAGCCUUUUGCAUUUUGAGGAAAGGUCUGCGGGAUGACAAGUUCUACGGAGACGAUGGUGCGGCAAGCGAAGAUGAUUUAUCAGCAGAGAGAGGAGGCAAUGGAGGAUCCACCCUGAAGGAGCAAUUGGGAAGAGGAGAUAAAGACAUGUUGAGAGAUAACCCCAAUACAAAUCUCCUUAUAUUUAGCAUUUUAAUUAACUCCAUAAAACCGGAAAAGAAAAUUAAGGAUGCCCAUAUUAGGAGGAAGGAUUAUCUGAAGAGAAGCAGAAUUGACGAAUUGUUCUUCGACCUGAAUGACGAGGAGUUUGGAGGACUGGGGAAAAGGAAGAAGAGACGUAUCUCCCGAAAGAAGGAAGAGAAAAUGUCAUACGAUAAGGCAGAAAUGAAGAAAACGUUUCACAACUACGAUACGGAUGACAGUAUUGUGCAUUCGUCUGACGAAGAAUUCGACGGUGCAUCUUCCCCCAAUGGGGAGAGCAGUACGGGUGGAAGCGACACAGAAGAGGGUGCCAAUUUUUUACGCAACGCAAACCUAAUGCACCGUUCAAGGUUUAGCGACGAAGAAUUUGACGUCGAUGAAGUGGAAGAUUACAUUAUUAGUCCAAAGAGGAAGAAAAAAAUACAACUCAAAUUGAAAAACAGAAAGAAAAAUUUAUUUAUAAGUGAAAAUGUAGAUAAAAGAAUUUAUGCAAGAUUGUAUGCUAGUUGUUGGUUCUAUUUUAUAACCUCCUUUAACCACAGACAUUCUAUGGUUCUCCAGUUGUUGCACUCUAUUCCACUGUUUGUAUUUCCAUAUACAAAUAAUCCUUUCUACCUUAUCGACUUUUUCAACUACUCCUUUUACAAAUCUCGGGGGUUGUACACAUCAUUGGCUGCACUGCCUGGCAUGUUUCACAUCUUGACGGAGUUAAACGUUGGAGAUUUGGUACAAGGGGGGGGAGAAAUGGGUAAAGCCGAAGAGGAGGAUGAUAGUGAUCGAAAUGGUGGUGAGCUGAACGAGGAACAAAGCCAAGAGGAGGGCGAAGGAAAAAAUGAAGAUCUAAGCGAAUAUGGAAUUUCCUCCCAACAAAAGGGAACAGCCGAAGGGGAGAACAAGUUGAACGAUAAUAUGUACACAGAUUACUACAAGAGGCUGUUCGAGUUGAUAACGCCAGCGAGCUUCUAUUACGCCGACACGAGAUUCUUAAAAAUAAUUCACGCAUCUAUAAAAAAUCAAAUGAUCCCAUUGCACUACGUCAUAUCCUUUUUGAAGAAGCUAUUGAGAGUAGCUUGUCUGACCUCCUACAACGUGUCGAUAAACAUACUCAGCGUGGUGUAUGACUCGAUGAGUUAUUUCCAAAGCGAAUUAAAAGACGCCAUGUCUCUUUCUGCAACAGUUUUUAUGAACCUAGAAAUUAAGGAGGAUUUAUUCUGCUAUGAAAAUUUGGGGAAAAAUUUUGAAAAAAAAAAAAUCGUCGAAAUGUUGAAGGGCAAUUAUAAAAUGUUGCGCGGUGAAGAUGGUAGUGCAGAUGAUAAUGCGCAUGGGAAUGACGAGGGUGAUCAUCAAAUCGAUGCGCCUAACACGGUAGAUAAUCCUCUGUGCGCGAAACUGCAAGUAACAGAGAAGGACAUCAACCCAUUGCAAGCGACCGAUGCGGCGCUGCAACUGAAUACAACCAAAAACCUGUUCAGCCUCCAGGAGUGCCUGCCAAACAAGUACCAAAUAAAUAUGAACACCCUGAAUAAGAAGGAGAUGUACAUGGCUAACCACAUAUUUUACGAAAUAAUUUUGCUGAACAACCAUUUGUGUGAGAAUUUGAAGCAAUACUCGAAUGUGUAUCAUUACAGCUUUGGCAAUGACUCAUUCGCGAAGCCGCAAACUUUUUAUACAAACCCUAGUAAGUUGAAUAUGCAGAUGGAGAAUUCUCUUUUUGGCUUUCUAAAGAAUUUUUUGAGCUUCAAAAAGAGGAAAGAAGCGGAUAUAGUGCCUUCUGUGAAGCGGAAAAGGUUCUCGACGGUCUUCCUGUGA